UGUACCAUUCUUCUUCUUCUUCUUCUCUAUACCUAAUUUGGCAAAAUAAUUUUCAUGGAAAACCUUAGCGACUGUUUUGGUCCAAUUAAAGAUUCUAUGGAUGGAUACGGUUAUCAAUUGACUGAUAGAUGUUACUUGUUGCUUCUACAUCGGAUUGAUUUCAAUGGAGGGACUGAAAAUUAUGACUUAUGGAGAUCCAUCUCCAUCAAAUCAACAAGACCAGGGAAGAGUAAGUUGAGGAGGAGAUGCAAGACUAUGGUGCUGCAUUUGAGGAGGAGGUGCAAGACUAUGGUGCUGCCAUUUGUGUCGGAGCUGAGGCGUGCUUCGUUGGUGAGUGUGUGAUGACUCCGAUUGGGAAACAACUAGCACUCGAUUCUUGCACUACUUUUGCCGUGGGCGACCAUGUUAGUGCAAAACUUGCCCUAGACAAUAUUGUCUAUGAAAAAGAAAAUGUGCGUCGGAAAGCCAUAGUUUUGUCGAAACAGGAGUUAUUCGAUUGCGUCGAAAGGCAAGGUCAAUCGAUGUUAUUUCGCUAUGCGUAUAAGCACAUAGUAAAAGAAGGUUUGCAUCUUGAGUGUCAUUAUCCUUAUCUUGCUGUGGCUGAUCAAGUUUGCCAGUGUCCUAGUUUGCUGGAUAAACGAAAAGUUGGUAUUAGCGGUUGGAGAUAUCUAGACAAUGAAACACUCAUCAUUGCUGAGUUGCGAAAGCAACCAUUGACUGCGUCUGUUCUUGUCUAUGACUCUUUGAUCCUGCAUAAAGGAUUGGAUGUUUGGAGCCCUGAGGAAGAAGAAGAGCCACAUUUAAACGACAAUGAUCGUCCUGUUCGUCAUGCUGUACUCCUUACUGGGUUCGGUGUUGAUGAAAAUGGUAUUGAAUAUUAUACUGCUAAGGGCAGUUGGGGCUUACAUAGAUGGCUAAAUGGGUACAUACGCAUUAGGCGUGAUCUCAUAUCUUGGGCUUGUAUGAUCAAUGGAGACGCAUAUUGGUGUGAUUUGGCAGGACCUAGUGGAGCUACUUUAGCUUGAAUGAAUACUGUCUCUAUACUUGUUAAACUCUAUUCUGGGAUACUAAUAUUUCUUGGUUUUUGAAACUACUUAUGAUUUCAAUGUAUUCCAACUUUUGAUGA